AUGUCCUCCUUUAUUACUCGCUUCCUCGCCAGCAUGUCCAUGAAGGACUCCAAGUCUACUCAACCCGCCGAGGCCCGGCCUCGCAGACAUGAACGUUCCUCGCGAAACCACCACCACCGCUCUUCGCGCCAUAGUCAAUACCGCUCAAGUUACGUCUAUGACUCGGACGAGACCGAGGUCGAAACCGAUGACGAGCCUCCGGCAAACAGCCUUAUGCUUGACCUCGGUCCCGACUACUCUCCCAAGGCCAUGUCCACCAUCAGUUUCCCGUCCCCACCGACGCGCGGCGGGACACUGCUGUUCGAGACCGAUGAAAUGGACAAUAGUCCGCAGCACAUAGAGACACGUCAGCCUUCGGCCGCCGCGCAGGCCAUCCCAAGCCCGCCCAAUAUUAUAAUUCAACGUCCGCCGCACAAGCCGAGGCAGCAGCGUGGGAGGUCCUCGAGCAGGUCAUCCACUGGGUCCCAACAGCACGAGCGUCGGGCAUCAAGAACAUCAGCCUACAUCGCCGGGUCACAAUGGGUGUGGUAG